AUGGUGGACUUCGGGAGAAAUCCGGAAAAAAAUCCAGAAGAGAUGACAUAUUUUAAAAUUUCACAAUCCUAUGCUACAGUUACCGGCAGAGCACCGGGGCAUACUUUAAAAAAGGCUAUUACUGGGGCGUUACACUCCAAUAGAGGGGAUCAGGUCCAUUGUUUGCAAGUGUUAAAGAGACAACAGGAUGUAGUACCAAAUGCAAGAGAAGUGUUGAUUUGGCUCUACAAGAAAACCCUAAAUGAAAUCAAAGCUGUACCUGAAGAUGAGGGUUACAGAAAAGCUGUCGAGUCUUUUACUACAAAUAGAUUAAGAGUAUGUGAAGAAGAAGAAGAUUGGGAACAGAUCGAGAAGAAACUUGCUUGUGGUCAAAUGGAGGAGCUCAUUGAAGAAGCUCAGGAUGAUCUCACUCUCAUUUCUAAGAUGAUUGAGUGGGACCCUUGUGGUGUUCCAGAUGAUUAUGAAUGUGAGGUUAUUGAGAAUGAUGCUCCAGUUCCAAAGCAUGUCCCUCUGCAUCGUCCAGGUCCUCUGCCAGAGGAGUUCUUCAAGACGCUGGAGGCGAUUACUUCUGCCCCAAAGAAAGACAAGCCAGCUAUUGCCGAGUCCACCGCUUCAAAGGAGUAGCCUACUCUCACUUCUACAAACUCGGCUCUGUUUUAAGAGUAUGGGAACAGAUCGAGAUGAAACUUGCUCGUGGUCAAGUUGAGGGACUCAUUGAAGAAGCUCAGGAGGAACUCACUCUCAUUUCUAAUAUGAUUGGUUUGAGAUGAAGAAGAACAUGAUUGGGAACAGGUCGAGAAGAAAUUUGCUUGUGGUCAAGUCGAGGAACUCAUUGAAGAAGCUCAAGAUGAACUCACUCUCAUUUCUAAGAUGAUUGAGUGGGAGCUGUGGGGUGUUUCAAAUGAU